AUGGAAGUGGCUGUAAGAGACACACCUGCGCUGAUGGCACUCGAAGAACCCAUAGAUGCACAGGCAUCAGAUUCUUCAAACACACCAGAUAGUGUUAAUCGAUCGGGUGGUAGUAUUGAUGUUACUAACUGCAGAAUAAGAGUGGAGAGGCGCAAUACAAUUGGUUUUAAAUGUGACAAAGAUUGCACAUCACAGCCUGGAACCACCCAACAACCUGUUGACAAUGUUGAACCUUAUCAACUGGAUCAGCGAUAUGAAGAUCCCCUUGCAGAAGUCCAUCAGUGUAGCUCACUGCGUCGAGGAUCUCAUCUAAUGGCUUCAGAGCUUCUUAGGGACGUGAAGUCUCCUACAGGUCUUGAGGGAGACUCCAGCAUGAGUACUGAUAAAAAUGUCGAUGAUUUAUUGAGGUCUGACAUUUUGUCUAAUAAGAAGUCUGUGGCUGACCUUGGAGGUGAAUCGGAGGCUUUUGAUGAUGCUGAUGCAGCUGAAGCGCGCUGGGAGCCACAGAAUGAUCUCGCAUGGGGCGACAACCGAGUUCAGCAAGGUUCUGUGGAACUCAGUUCUGGUGUAGCACUGUCGUUGCGAAAACUCGAAGGCAAGGAUCAGUCCAAACAGGGGCGUGGGGAACUCUUCAAGCCAUUUGAUGGAACGACAGGUACUGGGAUUUUUGACCAGGGCAGCGGAUCCAGCUCUACUAUGAUAUUUGUUGGCAGCCAUGGAGUCGAUGGCACACAACACGUGCAAACGGCUGGCAGUGUUGAUGCUAUUCGAAGGCUUAGUGCUGCACACAUAAGCUCUACUUCGCACAACUCAACCAUUUCUAAGCAUGGGAGUUACGAAAUGGGUUUUGCUGAGGAGUCUAAUGAGAGACCCAAACUUCAGCUAAAUGCCUAUAGUGGAGACAGCGGCAAUCCAAGUAUAACUUCGUGGGAUUCAUCGAAGCAGCCCUCUGAAACGCAGCAGGACUUCCAAGAUGAAGCUCUCGAAGACCGACGGCGAGACAAAUUGCUGCUAAUAUGGGUGGGCACGUUUGCAUUGGCGAUGGCCGUAGCGUUCCUAUGCCUCGGUACCUUCGCCAUCCUAGCCGGCAAAAGCCCAGAGGAAAGUCCUGAUACGCACAUUGCCGUGUGUGAGACAGCAGAAUGGGGCGAGUGGACCGUUUGUCCCACCGCCUGCGGAAAGAGCGAGCAGAUAAGGACAAGAGCAAUAAAGGCUGCUCCAGGAGAAGUUUCAAGCUGUCCAUCAACUCAUGAAAAACGCACCUGCAAUGGCGCGUGUAUGACUUUCGUGUUAACCAGAGAAGCUUCCACUCACACAACGAGCUUGAGUAAAGAAGUACUUAUCUCUCAGAGUUUCACAAUCCGAAGCGCGAUUAGUGAGGCUCUACGCAUUAGCGAAAACCGCAUUACGCUUUCUGGUCUUGGCCUGGAUUCAACAACAGGGACAAAGUAUUGGCGCGUCCAAUUCGUUUUCCUUGUAGACAAGAGCCUUGCGAACUCAAACCCCGAUGCGGAUCUUGGCCAAGACCCUCAACGCACUAUUGCACUCGAGACCAUUACAGAGCCUGUGGAUAUGUGCAUUCUACUGGGGCCCGAUGCACCAAGUACCUGCAGCUGCAAAGUAUCUGAAUGGUCAGAAUGGACCGUUUGCGAUCAACGUUGCACUACACUGCGGUCUUCAAGAACGAGAACAGUUCUCAAUAUAAAUGAACUUUCUACUCAUGCAUCAUGCCCGACGUUGCAAGAAGAAAGAAGCUGCACAGGCCAAACGAGGCUGUACUCGUUCAAUCUGCCUGCUGGAUUGAAUUUGGGAAGUCAGGAAGAUGCUGAGAAUCGUUUAAGCAUUUGUGCCGAUGCCGUUCGAGGCGAACUCCCAAGUAUGGGUAAUGUGGUCUUCGAUGAUCAGAUGCUCUCCAUUUCGGCGCCGGAAUAUUCGCGCUUUGUCGAAAAUGACACAAUUCAUGGGCUUUGGAAGUUCUCAGUGCUCCUGGAGCCUCACAUUAGUACAGAGGAAGCCGCGGAAAAUCUGGAUGAGGCAAUGCAAAAUUCGGAAUCUAACCUCUUCAACGCUGUUGCAGAGUGCAUGGCAACCACAGAUGUGUCAUCAUUUGUUCCGUUGCCCAGUAUUGCCGUAUCUCCGGGUAAGAUGCUCCCUGCUUAG